ACUGCCAGGAGGAGGAGGAGAAGAAGAAGCUACUAGUUAGCAUCGGCUAGGCUAACGGCCGGAGCCGCGCAGGCCGGAAAACGACGCACAUCAAACGCACGGAACGUCCCGUGGCCCGCCCCGCCGCCCCGGCCCGGGCCCAUACUCACUCUCCAGCUGAUGUCAGCGUCUGUGCUGGGCGUGGCAGCGUGGAUCAGAGACCCUCUGAACACCGUCCUGACCCUGACGGCUCACACCAGGUUGGAGGAAGCUGCCGUCCUCACGUACUCUCCGGCAGUCCAUCCCGUCAUCAUCGCCGUGUGCUGCUUCCUCAUCAUCGUGGCCAUGGUGGGGUACUGUGGGACCCUCAGGUGUGACCUGCUGCUGCUCUGCUGGUACCUGGGCAGUCUGCUGGUGAUCUUCUGUGUGGAACUGGCCAGUGCAGUGUGGACGUACGAGCAGCCGUCAGUGCAGCGCUCUGAUAUGAUCAGUCUCAAGUCUCGGAUGCCAAACUACGGCCUGCAGCGAUACCAGUGGCUCACACACACCUGGAACAGCUUCCAGACCGAGUUUAAGUGCUGUGGUGUGAUCUACUUCACCGAUUGGCUGGAGAUGACAGAGAUGGAGUGGCCCCCAGACUCCUGCUGCUCCAAUCAGUAUCCGGGCUGCGCUCGCCACGCCCACCACCACGACCUGAGUGACCUCCACCAGGAGGGUUGUGGUCCAAAGAUCUACAGUUUCAUUCGAGGGACGAAGCAGCUGCAGGUAUUGCGUUUCCUGGGCGUGUCCAUCGGCGUGGCUCAGAUCCUCGCCAUGGCGCUCACCCUCACGCUGCUCUGGGCGCUUUACUUUGGACAGAAGUCUCCAGAGCUGGACUCCACACCGCCGCCCGGUAACUCCGCCCCCCUCACGGCGAUGCAGGGACCCUCGGCUGAAGAUCCAACAUCCACCUGCACGACCACGCCACAGGAGCAUCGCUUCGAGAUGGAGCGUCUGUCCUAGCCGAGCGGCGCCAGAACACUUACCCAUGAUGCAUUUCAGUCAGGGUGAACGGAACGGAAUGAAAUGCUAAAAAAAGCUAAGUGUGGUUCUGUGUGGUUCUUCUCUGGACCGGAGCCUGGAACAGACUGCAUACAGACAUUUCUCUGCGUGCUGUUGGAUGUUUGACAUUUGUUUGUCAGUUAUUGGAUCAGUUAAUGAAUAUUAAAGAGAAGGUGACGUUUCA